AUGAUCAGCUCCCGCCCAACAGGUAUAGCAUUUGAUGGCGACUACCGCCAUUUGACGAAGACCCCAGGAAAUAGAAUGCUGAAAUCACGAAGUGCCCUCCAGGAGAACGUCGGCCGCCACGUACCCCUCACAGUGGAUGGAAAAGCGAAGAAAGUUGCGUUGCAAAAAGCUCCGUUUUGCCCAAAUACGUUGCAACCACAGAAGAUCCUCAAAGGUCACGAUGGAACAACAAAAUCCAAGGGAAAGGAACCAGUCAUAGUCGCGCCCUCUCGACCUCUGGGGGACAAAACGCCCUUUCCAAACCGCGUUGCCAACCAUGCCACACCGUUGCAAAUGACAAAAAUUAUCUUUGAUGUCACACCCGGUGCACUUCUUCGCCCAAGUUCCGCACGAAAACAUGUUAGACUUCCUCGCAGCGCCAGCAAGAGCUUUCAGACACCACUCACUGGUGGAAAUCACUGGGAUGUUAGUGAUAUAGACAUUAAUCCAGAGGUCGUAGCGGCACCUACUCAAUCGAUUGAAGAAGACUACGAUGAGAUCGAGUACAUGCCUCCGAAGCUACCUGAAAUGCCAUACGAACCUCCGUUUGAACUUCCGGAUUACAAAGAAAUCGGGAGAACCUUUCUCGCUCUUACCCACUCCUACCCGAUCGACGAUAUACCGACGCAUACUACAUCCACGGAAUUCACGGCAGUUGAUUCUGAUGACAAUUUUUUUGCCCUAUGCAAUAUCUCUCUCCCCCAUCUCGACGAUGAUAGUCCGUUCUCGCGGGCCAAUUCUGCACCGAAGCCUAGACCCGAGGUGACUCGAAUU